GGGUUGCAAUGGCGGCGCCCGGGGAAAUUAUUUUAGAGGAUGUGCCUGCGUCAGUAAACCUGUUUAGAACUCUUCAAGAUCAGGUAACAAAAGUAACCGCACAUGUUCAAGCCCUGACGCAGAAGGUCCGUAGCGGCAUAUAUAACACUGACAAGGGUCUCAGCUUUCUAGAGUUAAAGGAUCAGCUUCUUCUGUUUUACCUCCAAGACCUGACCCACCUAAUGCUGGAAAAGACAAAUGGCAAAUCCAUAAAAGGAAAUCCUGGAAUCCUGAGACUCGUGGAGCUACGCACUGUAUUGGAGAAAAUGCGUCCCAUUGAUCAGAAACUGAAAUACCAAAUAGAUAAAUUGGUUAGAGCUUCUGUGACAGGAAGUCUGGGGGAGAAUGACCCUUUGCGCUUUAAACCCAACCCUCAGAACCUUAUAAGUAAGCUCUCUGAGGCUGAUGAAGGAGAGUCAGACAGCGGUGAAGAUUGUGCUGAGAGUGGGAAUGCCAAAAAACCUCAAAGCAAAGUGAAGAAAUACAUCCCUCCUAGGCUUGCACCUGUUCACUAUGAUGAUACAGAAGCAGAGCGAGAGCACAGAAUUAUAGAACGAGCUAAGAAAUUAGCCCUUAGCAGCUCAACUAUCCGAGAGCUGAAGGAACAGUAUUCAGAUGCUCCUGAGGAGAUCCGAGAGGGUCGGGCUUAUCAUAUGAUGCGCCAUGAUAAAGAAGAGCAGCAUAGGAUAAACCAUGAGGAGUCCAUGAUGGUGCGUCUGAAUAUGACACGUAAGGAAAAGGCUCGAAAGAAGAGAGUGCUGGCCAUGACAUCACAACUCAAUUCACUGACACAUUUCUCUGAUAUCAGUGCGCUAACUGGUGGAGAAGGCAGGACAGACGAUCUGGUCCCUUCUGUGAAGAAAUCAAGGAAAGGUCCCAAAAAAAGCAAAAAGAGGAAAGGUUUCAGGAAACGUCACUGAGUUAUUAUCACAGCAAAACAGGACAUGGAGCUAUAUGUUUUUUAAUAAAUGAUCCUGCUAAAUUGAUUUUGGUUAUUUGCACCUCUAGUGCAAGACCAUGGCUGUAGCAUUCAACAGCAUUGUUGAUGACUGUUUUAUUAUAUUUUAUCAACUUGCCCACCACAGGUGACCAGGACCCCUGAGGCAGCUCUGAGAACAGAGUACCAUUAACUAUAGUUAUAAUAGGGGCACAAGCUUUUUCUGGUGAAACUGCUCAUUUAAUGUAGAAAAUUGCAUAUAUGCAUAAGUAAAUAAUAUGGUAGCUUCAUGUGGUAUGAACACCUUGGUGCUUCAGUAUACAAAGCAUUGCAGGCAUGGAAAAACUUUCAUAUAAAAACUGGUAAGCAAAAAAAGCAUAAGGGGUCAUUUACAAUGCACUAGCCAAGGUGCAAUUGCACUGCCUGAUGCCCUUGAAGAAUGGCCGCAAGCUAAGACAGAGACCUGUGACUUUCUCCACAAAGACAACACUGUCUGCACUAGUCAGCGAUGUAAUGCAGAGGGAGGCACGUCGGCCUGUAACUUGCUCAUCAUUCAAAUUUGCAACUUAAAGCGUCAGGAAGUGCAGCCCACAUCAGGAACCUGGACAGGGCUAAGCUGCUCCUUCUCACACUGCUCCUUGUGCUGUUUUUUUGUUUUUUUUUAAUUCGGUGCAGCUUACACUGGGGCAAAAGUGCUUAAGUGAGCACCGGGGAGUGCAGAGCUUGCAACCUUUAGUGUGCUAGUACUUGCGUCCCAGGUAAGUGACUCCUAUAGUAUCCAAUUCUGAAGUGCACAUAAGGAGAUUUAAGGCAAGAUAGUCCUGAAAAUGCAAACUGGUCCUAAGCCUUCAAAUUGGUGUUAAAUAGUAACUUGCCUUCAGAAAAAAUGUUUUAGAACAGUGCACCACAAAUUUGUUUUUUUCCCAUUUCUUUCUAUGAAAUUUCUAGUGACUUUAUUUCCCCCAGAUUUUCACAUUUAGCAGCUCAGAAAGAUACGAAUAUACACAUAUACCCAAAAAUACAAUUUUGACCAACGAUAGAAAAUGUAAUUCUAAGCAUGUUCCAAUAUACAUUCAUGAAACAUUUUCCUGUGUUUGUGUUAUUUAUAAAUGUAAUCAAAACUGAAAGCA